AUUCCAUGUGUUAUGCUGUUGUGUCAAUUAUUAUUGUUCCAAGUACGAAUCUUUGAUUCAACCCAAUUUGCCCCAGCAAUAAAAUUAAUUAGGGGAACCCCAACAUCACUCUCAUUUCGCCGCAACUAACCCCACUUCUUGUUUCAUCAUUUUUACCUCUAAACUCUACAGUCUAAGAUCACCAACCUCACUACUAUAGUGACAUUUUGUCCCAAAAACAAGGAUUGUUUUAGGGUAUGAUCUGUUUGGUUUCUUUGACUUGUUGAGUUGGUGAUAGGUACUUUUUUUUUUUUUUUUCCUGGGGUAGUUUUGUGGUGAGAAAAGUUACAUUUUUUUAGGAGAAUGGCGAGUUGUUCAUCUAAUUUUGGGGUGGCUCGUGUUGUAAGUGUAGGGAAAGAAGCUGUUUUAAGGAAGAAUGUGAAUCAAUAUUCAGGUUUUAGUAGUUUGAGUUUUAGGAGUGUGAUGUUGAAUGAGGCUGCAUAUCCAGCCAUUUGUGUGAACAAGUGUGGUGGAUCAUAUGUGUCUAAACAAAAGAAACAAACGUUUUUAACAAUGUGUUUGUCGCAGCCGUCGGCUGAAUCACAGCCUGUUGUAACUACCAUAGAAUUAUCGGAAGGGGGAGGUGAGAGUGUUGUUGGAAAGGAACACAAAAUUUUGAAUAGUGAGUCGGAUUCCAAGAGUGUUGGAAAUGAUAGUAAUGGAGUUGUGUUUGAUGGUAAUGAUGGUAAUGGGAGCUUUGGAAGUGGUGGAGCCGGAGAUGGGAGUGAUGGUGGUGGUGGUGGUGGUGGUGAUGAUGAUGACGAAAAAGAAGAGGAGGAAUUUGGGCCAAUGCUGAAAUUUGAUGAGGUAUUGAGAGAGACGGAGGCACGUGGUGUUACCCUUCCUUUUGAUAUGUUGGAGGCUGCUAAGACUGUAGGAAUCCCAAAGUUGCUUCUUCUUAGAUAUUUGGAUUUAGAGGGAUCUUUUUGGCCUUUAGGAUUUGCUAUGAGAUCAUGCUCUAUGCUUCGCAAUCGAAUGCUGGCUGAUCCUGCGUUUCUUUUCAAAAUUGGCUCAGAGAUCGUAAUUGAUUCUUGUUGUGCUACUGUUGCUGAAUAUCAAAAGAGAGGCAAAGACUUUUGGAAUGAAUUUGAGCUGUAUGUUGCAGAUAUGCUUGUUGGGUUGGUUGUUAAUGUUGCUUUGGUAGGAAUGUUGGCACCUUAUGCUCGAAUUGGAAAACCAUCAAUAUCUAAGGGAUUCCUCGGUAGUAUGCAGAAAGCUUAUGCAGCUUUGCCUAGCAGUGUAUUUGAAGCUGAAAGGCCAGGAUGUAGAUUUUCUGUACAGCAGAGACUUGGAACAUACUUCUUCAAGGGUAUAAUGUAUGGAGGCGUUGGAUUUGGAUGUGGUAUUAUAGGCCAAGGCAUAGCAAACAUGAUCAUGACCGCAAAGCGGAGCAUAAAGAAAUCAGAAGACGACGUACCUGUACCACCCCUUUUGAAGAGUGCUGCACUUUGGGGCGUGUUCCUUGCCGUAUCUUCAAACACACGAUACCAGAUCAUCAAUGGACUGGAACGUUUGGUAGAAACAUCGGCGGUGGCAAAGCAGGUUCCACCAGUUGCUCUAGCUUUCACAGUUGGUGUGCGUUUCGCCAACAAUGUUUAUGGUGGUAUGCAGUUUGUUGAUUGGGCUAGGUGGAGUGGAGUACAAUAGUUAUUUUAAUUAUCUUGUUUUGUAAUGUAUUGUAGUUUUGUAGAUGUAAUUUUCUAGCCAUAAAUUUUCUUAAGAUUGAAGCAUAAAUUUCUACCUCAGUCAGGUUCAUGGACCUAUGAUGACUGAAGGUUAAGGUUACAUGGUUAGAUUUAGAAAGAUUUUAGGCAAUAAUUUAGAGGAUGAGUAUGUGUUCCCUCUAUUUUCAUAAUUAAAGUUAAUAAUGAAGUCUAUUGUUUUUUUAGUUCUAA